GUGCUCGGAUGGAAGUACGAGAGAGCCUACGAGGAAUCCCAAAAGUACAAGGAAGGCAAGUUCAUAUUUGAAAAGGACAAGAUCGUGCAGAAGAAUAGCAGAGAGAUGGCGGAACUGGUUGGGCCGCGGGUGUACAGCUGCCGCCAUUGCCGGAACCACGUCUGCCUCCAUGAUGAUACUAUCUCCAAGGCCUUCCAGGGGAGGAAUGGCCGCGCGUUUCUCUCCUACCACGCCAUGAACGUCACCACAGGGGCCAAGGAGGACAGGCAGCUCAUGACGGGGCUCCACACGGUCGCCGACAUCUAUUGCCGUGAUUGCCGCGAGGUGCUCGGGUGGAAGUAUGAGAGAGCCUACGAGGAGUCCCAGAAGUACAAGGAAGGCAGGUUCAUAUUUGAACAGGCCAAGAUCAUGCAGGAAAAUUGGUAGGCAAGUAAACGAAAGAUUCAAG